AUGCAGCAUUUUGUUUAUGUUGUUAUCUUUUCAAACCCAAUAUUGGAGAUCAAGCUGGUGGUGCUUCUUUUGUUGACAAUUUUUUUCAAACAAUCUGAUCAAGCUCUAAUUGAGUAUCGAAUCUGUUUGAAUGCAUCGGUUGAUUGUGUCAAAUUUCUUCUAAGACAAGGACUUGCAUUUUGUGGGCAUGAUGAAUAUGAAAGUUCAAGUAACCAAGGAAAUUUUUUUGAACUUCUCAAGUUUCUUGCUGAUCAUAAUGAAGAUGUCAAAGUGGUUGCAUUGAGCAAUGCUCCACAAAAUCUCAAGUUGGCAUCUCCUGAUAUUCAAAAAGACAUUGUAAAUGUGGCCGCAUUUGAAACUAUCAAUGUGAUUAUUAGAGAUCAUGGUGAUACACUUUUUUCUAUUUUGAUUGAUGAAACCUGUGACAUAUCAAUCAAGGAGCAAAUGGCAGUUGUAAUACAAUACGUUGACAAAAAAAGCCAAGUGAUUGACCGCUUUUUGGGUAUUGAGUAUGUUGCUAAUACGAAUGCUCUCUCACUCAAACAAGUUGUGGAAAAUUUAUUCUCCAGACUUGGAUUGAGUAUUUCCAGAUUGCGGGGUCAAGGAUAUGAUAGGGCUAGUAAUAUGCAAGUGAUUGAUGUGCUUGAAAUGAUUUCGGAGGAUGGUUCAAAUUCAGAACAACGAGCAAAAGCAAAUUUAUUGUUGGACUUAAUUCAAUCAUUUGAGUUUGUAUUCAACCUUCAUUUGAUGAAAACGAUAUUGGCUAUUACAAGUGAGUUAUCGCAAGCACUACAAAGGAAAGAUCAAGAUAUUGUUAAUGUCAUGAAUUUAGUUCAAAUUUCUAAAGUACGGCUCCAAAAGAUGAGGGAGAGUGUGUGGGCAUCUUUACUCGAUGAUAUUUUGUCUUUUUGUAAAAAGCAUGAAAUUGAUGUUCUUCAAAUAGAUGAUAUGUUUGUAGUUCGAGGGAGAAAAAGGCGCAAUGCUCAAGAAAUUACAAACUUACAUCAUUAUCACGCUGAGUUAUUUUAUACUGUUUUGGAUAUGCAAAUUCAAGAACUAAAUGCUUAUUUCACUGAGUCAAAUACUGAGUUGUUACUUUGUGUGGCAUGUUUGAAUCCAUCUAACUCUUUCUCUAGUUUUGACAGGAAAAAAUUAAUUCAUCUUACUGAAUUUUAUCCCAAAGAAUUUUCUUUAGUGGAGCUCAUGAAAAUAGUGGAGACUGGAAGAGACAAAGUAUAUCCAUUGGUGUAUUUGCUCUUGACUUUAGCAUUAAUCUUACCUGUUGCAACUGCUACUGUUGGGAGGGUAUUUUCAGCUAUGAAUAUUGUGAAGAAUCGGUUGCGGAACCGCAUGGGUGAUGAAUGGAUGAAUGAUGGCUUGGUUGUCUACAUUAAGAGAGAUAUUUUUGAUAGCAUUGACAAUGAUACUAUCAUGGAAAGAUUUCAAACGAUGAAAACUUGUCGGGAUCAAUUGUAA